AUGACUUCCUAUCGAAGGAUCUUCCGUAGUACCCUAUUGAGCUACGGAGUCGAUACGAUCCUAGACUACGGACGGGAGCUAAUAGAGGAGAUUAAGAAAAUCCGGAAUAUAAAGAAGACGAUAGAGGAAGACUACCCGGCGAUCACGUCGCUCUAUCGAGCUAUAUACGGUAUAAUCCUUUUUACUAUUCUAUAUAAAGGAUUAGGGAUAAGAGCUAUCCGCGAGAGCGACUACUAUAGUAGAUCUCUACUAGCGGAUUUCAAAAAUCUGAUCCGGGAUUGUAAGAUACUCCCCGACUAUAUAGAGGAUAAGGUACCGCUAUAUAUAGAUCACUCGAUAGUGGUCAAAUUCGAUACGCGUAACGCGGCCGGGUAUCGAAUAGCGACGUAUCCGAAGCCUCCGCCGUACUCUAUAGUACCUUUUAAGAAGGACCCGAUGUUUAUAGGCCGUAAAGCUAUGUAUCACGAGCGGGUAGUAUUAGUAGGGUUAGCCGGUAUUAGCGCGGUUAGAAUAGGGCUAUUAGCAGAUUGCUAUAGUUACGGAGAUUCCGGGACGGGACGAUCCGAAGAUAAAUAUUCUCUAGCUCUACUAGAUAAUACGGAUAACGAUAGUAUCUUUUUUAGUCGUAAUAUAUUUAACGAACGAGGGCCGCUAUCUUACGGCACGGAAUCUAGUAGGAAGCGAGAGUUAUGUGAUCGCGGUUUAGCUAAUAAAUAA